UUGGCGUCCGCCCUCAGCCAAAAUGGCGCCAUCUCGGAAGUUGCCGAAGCUCUAGAAGUUGCCGAAGCAGGUCCGGAAGCUGCCGAACGGGUCCGGAAGUUACCGAAAGAGAGCAGCGGGGAAGAAGGAUGGCGGAUCUCAUCGCAAGACUCCGGGAGGACGGGAUCCAGAAGCGUGUGAUACAGGAAGGCCGAGGAGAACUCCCUGACUUUCAGGAUGGAACCAAGGCCACAUUCCACUACCGGACUCUGCACAGCGACAAGGAGGGCACUGUGCUGGAUGACAGCCGGGUGCGUGGCAAGCCCAUGGAGCUCAUCAUUGGCAAGAAGUUCAAGCUGCCUGUGUGGGAGACCAUCGUGUGCACCAUGCGUGAAGGGGAGAUCGCCCAGUUCUGCUGCGAUGUCAAGCACGUGGUCCUGUAUCCGCUGGUGGCCAAGAGUUUACGCAACAUCGCGUCUGGCAAGGACCCCCUGGAGGGCCAGCGGCACUGCUGCGGGAUCGCCCAGAUGCACGAACACAGCUCCCUGGGCCAUGCCGAUCUGGACGCCCUGCAGCAGAACCCCCAGCCUCUCAUCUUCGACAUUGAGAUGCUUAAGGUGGAGAGCCCUGGCACGUACCAGCAGGACCCCUGGGCGAUGACGGAUGAGGAGAAGGCGAAGGCGGUGCCGGUCAUCCACCAGGAGGGCAACCGGCUGUACCGUGAGGGCCACGUGAGGGAGGCCGCCGCCAAGUACUACGACGCCAUCGCCUGCCUCAAGAACCUGCAGAUGAAGGAGCAGCCUGGGGCAACCGAGCCCAGUUUCCAGUUUGAUGGGGACACUGAAGAGCAGAGGGGCCGGGAUGUGACUAGGGUCACACAGUGCUCCCACCUCAUCCAGCCCUCCAGACCUGGGCCGGCCUUUCAGUUCGCAGGGGCCCAGACUCGGCUUCCGACUGAAUCCUCUGCCUCCCGAAGCGGGGGCCGUGAGGCCACGGGACCAGAGGCUGAAGGGGAGAGCUGCACUGGGGGACCGUCUCACUCGGAGCCCCCUGGCUGUGCCUUUGUCUCCCCCUGA